AUGGAAGAUAAUGGGUUGGCAGGAGAAAUUCGUGAAGAAAUUGGAAAACUUCAAAAGCUGAAAAAGCUGCAUCUUUAUGGAAAUAACUUCUCUGGUAACAUUCCAUAUUGUUUGGGAAAUCUUAACAUUGUUAACGCAUUUGAAUUUAUAUCGAAAUACUUAGCAGAAGGUCUGGUUGAUCUAGAUGAUCUCCGUAGGGCAAUUUCUUCUGGAAUUUCUUACGGUUGUGACUCAUCUCCCCCUAAAGAAGUUGCCACAGGAGUGAAAGAUUCUCCCCCUGAAGGACGGAUGCCCAAACCGCCUAUGCAUCAACAGGCCUUGGUGAAAAAUGCUAGUUUUAGUGAGACACUAACUAGUGGGGGUGAGAUACCAAAAGAUAGGGUCUUUAAGAGUGCGACUGCAAAUUCAGUUGCAGGAAACAACAAGUCAUAUGGUGGCAUUGGCAAGUUUCAGUUACCAGAAAGCAAGUUCAAAGGGACCAAAAGAGGGAGAUUGGCCCUUUCCAUGAAACUGAUAAUUGUCGCUUCUGGAGCACUUCGCCUGCUUUCUGGCUCUGUUUUCUCUUUCUCUUGUAGUUUUGGGUCUGUGUAUAAAGGAACUCUAAAUAGGGAUGGGAAGGUAAUUGCUGCUGAUUCCAAGAGUUUUAUAGUUGAACGUGAGGUGUGCAGAAAUGUCAAACACCAAAAAUUUGUCAAGUUCAUAACUGUCUGCUCUAGCGUGGAUUAUGAAGUAGAUGAUUGUAAGGCUUUGGUUUGGGAAUUCAUGGUUUAA